AUGGCAAGGAGAGAAGGGAACAACAAUUUUAUAGAUAUAAUGAGAUCAAUGCUAAGAUUUUUGGAAGGACGGAUGGAUUCUGUAGAUGGAAGUUCUGUGCACAGCGGAGCUUUUGUUGAUAGACUGAGAAGUAGAUUAUCUGAUCUUAUACGUGGUAGAGUGGAGAAUAAUUCAGAGAAUAGAGCAAGUGCAAAUGAGAGCGCUACUGCGAACACAGUAAGUUCCAGGAGGAAUAUACCCUUGAGUGGCAAUGCACCAAAUGCUGAGGAGCGUGAAAUAAUUAACAGAUGCAACAGGAUAAUCAAUGUAGCGGAAAGAGAGUUGGGCAGAGCAAGAGGGCGUAGACAAAAUACACGAUCUGCAGAUAAUGCAAAUGCACAAGAAUAUUCAAAUAUUAGAAAUCCAUUUGUUCUGAGGACCUCUGUUGUUGUUACAGGUAAUGGACGAUCUCCAUUAAUCACUGGAUCUGCUAAUGAACAGAGUAAUGAUACAGAAGGAAGUACAGCAAAUAAUUUAGAGAAUACUAACGAAUUGUCAUCAACACCUACUCAUGAGGUUCAUGUUCUGUUUCUCUCUCCGAAUGAAAUGCCUAGGGGAGGAGUUAUUUAUGAAAUACAGAUCAACUUUGACAUACUUGAUGGAUCUUCAGAGAUGCCUAUGACAGCCACCAAGGAAUCUCUCAAUAAGAGUACGAUUGUAAAGGCAAGAGCAAUUGAUGAAACACAAGAAUGUACGAUAUGCAUGUGUAACUUUGCAAGAAAGCAGAAGCUGCGAGAAUUGCCAUGCGAGCACAAGUUUCAUAUGAAGUGUGUUGACAAAUGGCUCCUCAGUCAUUCUAACAAGUGCCCUGUGUGCAGAACAGUUGUGUAG